UUGAAAGCAUUUAUUGCGUGCAUUUUUGUUAAGGAAAAUACUGCACUUCAUUAUUCUGUAUCACAUGGCAACUUUGAUGUUGUUAGCGUAAUUCUGGAUUCAAGAGUUUGUAAUUUGGAUAAAGCUAACAAGGCAGGUUAUACCGCUGUUAUGUUAGCGGCACUAUGCGAUAUUAAGGAUGAGAUAGAAUCUGCUGUAAUUCGGAGGCUGUUCCAGAUGGGGAACGUUAAUGCAAAAGCUACUCAACAUGGUCAAACGGCUUUGAUGUUGGCGGUAUCACAUGGUAAAAUGAACAACACACGCCUACUGUUACAGUGUGGUGCAGAUCUGAAUAUGCAGGAUGAGGAAGGUUCCACCGCCCUUAUGUGUGCUGCGGAGCAUGGACACAAAGAGAUUGUUAAGUUGCUGUUAGCUCAACCGGAUAUUGAUGCUUCAAUCUCAGAUUGUGUA